AUGGAUAACGAAACCAUAACCCUGUCUGAGCUGGAAGAAGCGGUACAACGAUAUGAGACCAACCUCGUCAAUUUUUCCGCCAUAACCAUGACCACAUUUUCAAUAAUCGCGCUGUUGGUGAACUUGUAUCUGUUGAGUUGUGCUAGGAAUCUCCGACGACCUGUUUCGGUGAAUUUGAGAUUGUGUGUUUUUCUUCUGGCAUGUGAUGCGCUCUGUUCGGUCUGCUACAUCCUAACUUACUUGAUCAACAUCUUCUUCAGCCAUUUUUCAAACUGCACUUCGUUAUUGCUAGAGGUUAUCAAAAUGUCUACUUUCACCGCUUCUGUUGUCACACUUGCUGCUCUCGCCUUGAACCACUACGUCGGAAUCGUCUAUCCCCUUCACCGCAACUUUUUCACCCCGAGAAACGUCAGAUGGACUGUUAUCUUAGCCUAUAUCAUCCCCUUGACUACCUACCUCUUGAUCUUCACCAUUUUUCCUGGAGGUCUUCGAGCCCACAAGGCGUUUGCAUUUUUCGAUAACGAAGGUUGCGCUGGACUUCAAAUAUACAGAAACAAUUAUUUCCGAGCCACACUUGUUGGCCCUUUCAUCUUCUUCAUUUUGAUGCUCUCCUACCUUUACCUUCACAUUCUCAUUCAUAUGCGUAGAAUCUCUCGAGACCCAUUGUUAGCCAACAACACCACACGUAGAAACAAUCGAAAAUUGCUGAUCACCAUACUUUUGUUGGCAGGAUCUGCUUGUAUAGGCUGGCUACCAACCACAAUCAACUUUUUGGUUCCAAUGGUUAUGAACCUUCAAAAAAGAGCGAGAUUGUAUCUUGGAAUCUUUGCUCAAUUUUUACACGUCGCCAAGCUUCUAGCCGAUGCCUUUAUUUAUGCUAGCAGGUUGAUUGAGAUUAGAUACGCCAUGUAUGUGUCCAAUCAAAGUGUCCAACUCUGGAUAAUGCGUACUUUCCGAAUAGAACUAACAGAUGAAAAAUCGUCGUCCACAGUUCCUCCACAGUUCCAAAAGUAUCUCAGUGAAACCAAUGAAAAUCGAUCCGCGCGGUCUAGACGGGUCAAGAGCGAGUUUCAGAAUUCCACCCCAAAACGUGGCGGAUCAAAGAGACCAAAGUCGGUGAGCAAUGUCUCCAGUGCCUGCAACUCACCAAGCGGAUCAAAGCUCCUUGCCAAUCACCAGGCCUUGAAACCUUCCAAGUCAGUGCCGUCAGUAGUGGUGCAAAGCAAAAGUGAAGCUAAAAAUAACAAUUCAGUGGUUGUCAAAUCUGUUCGGCUCUCUGUGGUCUCCAAUCCUCAGCAGCACCUAGCAUCAAAACGAAUUUUGAUGCCGAAAAUUGAAAUCAACAUGCUCUUAGAAGAGCUCUCCUCAUCGGAAGCCAAAGAUUUCAUGAAGAACAAAUCAAACAAUCAAACUUCACCGUCAGACGCCGCUAUGAAUAAUUCCACGUCAUCUUCUUCAGAAGACACUGAUGAAUCAACGACAGAUCUGAUCAGUUCGGUGGUGUCUGUUCCACCGGAGAGCGUCCUUCCCGACUAUGACGGCACUGACUCCAAUCAACCGGAAACGCCAACGUCACUGCCAAAAUCAAGGCCAAUGAUGUUGUCCGAGUUUGCUAAUCAUUUGGCCGGUGGAAUUCAACCGAAAGUUGAGACAACAACGUUGCCCCUACCAGAUUUUCCAACACCUAAACCAUCUGUGUUUGCGUCACUUCCAGAUGACACAUUUCCGAAUAUGGUGUCAGAAGCAAAGGACUUCAUCCGCCGAUAUUUGUCACCAGAACAAUGGCGGAAGCUUCGAAUCCUCUUAAAAACUAUGAAAGAAGUCGGUGGAUCACGACAAGAUAUACAUAGAGCUGCAACAGUGUUCAUAUCAAAAAAAAAUGAAAUGUACAUUUUGGAAUGGAACAGAAAUAACAAAUAUUGUGCAAAUGGGAACCGUAAAGUGAAAGAAACUUGA